AGGCUCGGCGGGGCUGGCGUGCGGUCCUGCCCCGCGGAGCCCCGGGCCGGGCUCCGGCAGCCGGCCAUGGCCUCCAAGUUGCUGCGGGCGGUGGUGCUGGGACCCCCCGGUUCGGGGAAGGGGACGGUGUGCGAGAGGAUCGCCCGCAGCUUCGGGCUGCAGCAUCUCUCCAGCGGGCAGUUCCUGAGGGAGAGCCUCGACGGCGGCGGGGAAGUUGGUGUCUUGGCAAAGCAGUACCUUGAGCGAGGCCUUCUGGUGCCCGACCACGUCAUCACACGCAUGAUGAUGACGGAGCUGGAGAAGCGGCGAGAGCAGCACUGGCUGCUGGACGGUUUCCCUCGCACGCUGGGGCAAGCCGAGGCGCUGGACAGGAUCUGUGAGCUGGACCUGGUCAUCAGCUUGAACAUUCCCUUUGAGACGCUGAAGGAUCGCCUGAGCGCCCGCUGGGUCCACCCGGCCAGCGGGAGGGUGUACAACAUGGACUUCAACCCCCCUCAUGUCCGGGGUGUUGAUGACCUGACGGGUGAGCCGCUGGUCCAGAGCGAGGACGACAGACCCGAGGCCGUUGCUGCCAGGCUCAGAAAAUACAAAGAUGCUGCAAAGCCAGUGAUAGAGAUGUACAAGAGCAGGGGCAUCCUUCACUCCUUCUCGGGCACAGAGACCAACAAGAUCUGGCCGUACGUGUACACCCUGCUUUCCAGCAAGAUCCCCCCCGUCCUCUCGGAUGAGGAGAACUAAACAGCUUGUCCAAGGACCAAGAGUUGAUUCCAUCAUGGAUUCAGUUUCUCUGUGCGGUGCUGGGGCUGUGCUCAGAUUAGGUGACUGGUAUCUUGUGUCCCUUCCCCGGGUGUACUGGGUGUCAUCGGUGGGUACAUGGUUAGAGCCAGUAUCAGGGGGGAAAGGUCUUUGUUUAUAAGGUCAAGUCUGCUGGAAUAAGGUGGGUUUAUUCCUAUUGGAGGCUACAAAGUGUUCUUGUCUAUGGUCCAAGUGCACGCAGAGAUCAGGUCAUGGCCAUACCAGGUUUACACAGCUUGCCAUGACGUCCCUGCCACCCCGUACAAACCCCGGUUGCUGUUUGAGCCUACAGUGUGCCACCCUGUUGCUCCACAGUGCCGUUUGCUGUAGGUUACUCUCUAGUUGUUUGUUGUUUGUGGUUUUUUUUUCCUAUAAAUUAUUUUCUAUUAACUUUAUUUCUUAGAAAAAGAAAGCUCUACAAAGCACGGCUCAGCCCAGUGGGAACUGGAGAGCAACAUGGAAAAUGUGUACACUACAAAGCUUGGAAUGUGAAGAUCACAUUUCCAGCGUUAAUACACAUAAAAGAGGGAAGACUUUGGAGGUAAAACACACACUUGUGUUUCUUCCAUAGAGGGAGAGGCAAUUCCUGUCAGAAAAGGCUGCUGUACAGUCCAGUUUUCAUGCAGUGCUGUGACACCGAGCAGGAUCUGUGCUGGGGAUGCGUUGCACUCCUUUGUGCUUACCUUUGUUUAUAGCUUUGACUACGACAAGAUACAGUCAUAAGAGUUUCUCCCAAAGAUCUGUUUCAAUGUGUGCUUCAGUUUUGGGGAGAAAUCAGGUCAUUCCAUCUUCUGUGCUGCCUUUGUCCCUGAAUUCCCCUGGAGAUGGGGUGUUCCCCACGUGGUUCCUGCUGCAGCAUUCCUGGCAGGAGCAGCUCCUUUGCCACAAACCCCAGAGGGAUGAGAGCCUUCCCUUCCUCAGGACACGUGCUGGGGCUGCUGAGAGCUGUGCCCAGGCAUUUCCCACCAUUGACAGCAUCUUCUGAUGAGCAUGUUGCUCCUCUUCUCUCACGUGCAGGAGCUUGGUGGCUGGAUGGGACGGCUUGUCUCGACUGGAAGUACUGUGACCCUCCUUGGUGGCAGGACUGCAGUACCUAAGCAAUGGGGAUGCUCGUUUUGUCUCCUCAAGUUGCCUUAUUUUAUAGACUAUAUAUUUAAAGAAAAAUAAAGCCAGAUGUGUAUUUUUAAAGGUUAAAAA